UAAGACAAAAGUGAGCCAUUCUCUCUCCCUCCAACUUAUGUGCUCGGCCAGACCACCCAAGAAAGAGGAAGAAAAAUAUUUCCAACAUUUCUCCAUUGCUGCAACUCGAGCUCAAACUAUAAGGAUCCAAAGAAGGAGGUUUGAGAAGGGAAAAGUUAGGAAAAAGAGAGAAGAAGUAAGGAACUUGACUAAAGGGUUUCUAGAGUUCUCCGGAGUUUCGCCAGAGUUUCGCCGGAGUUUCGCCGGAGUUUCGCCGGAGUUCGCCGGAGUUUCGUCGGAGUUCAACCGAGGAGCGUAGAACAAACUUAAGCUCAUUUAAGGUUGAAGUUAAGGCUUGUCAUCUACACCUUUGCACGGGUGAAGAGAAUCCAGAGAAAGACGUGAAAUGUAGGGUAGGCGAAUGGUAACGAGGAACAAUCCGAGGGGGCAGGCACCGGUAACAUCCAUGAGGGGUAGCCGGGUUGCAUCUCGGGGGAGAAGAGGAGGUCGAGUAGGCCGUGGGGGCCACCGGGCCCAAACAGUGAGCGACGGCCACAUAAGCUCGGUGUUUGAAACUAACACUGAGGAUUAUGACUCGACUUUUGUUCCCGGCACGGAGCAUGAGGAUACCCCGUAUGACGGGGGUGACUUCCACACUGAUGAGGAAGACAACGAUGAGAGUGAUGCCCGAUUUUCUCAAAUGGGCGAAUUGCUUGAGUGGUAUCAAAAAGAGAAACUAAGGAGACACCUUAGGCGCCAAGCAAGGCACGGCUCUCGUGGUUGUUCGGUUCAAGGAAGCCGGGGAGCUUCAAGGGCCACUCCCGCGACGUCACAAGGUGGGCGUGAAGGAGGGUUUUGUGUGAGAAUCUCCUUAUAUGGAUAGAAAAGACCUUUUAAUUAUUUAACAUUUGACAUUACUUAUUUGGACUAGAAAGCAUUGCAUUGUAGAUGCUCUUAGAGCAUCUCCAAUGCUACAAUAUGCACGGUGCACAUGUGGCAUGAGAGAUAGCCACAUAAAUAUUAGUAAAUAAAUUCUUUAUUUAUCUCCUUAUUUGAAUGGUUUUAUGUAGUUUUGGUAAGUUUUUCUCAACAAUGUCAAGGAGACCGUCUACAUGUUGACAUUGCAGUUGAUAUUGCAGGAGAAAAUUUACCAAAAUUGUAUAAAAUCAUUCAAAUAAGGAGAGAGAUAAUUUAUUUGCUAAUAUUUGUGUGGUUAUCAUUCAUGCCACAUGUGCACCAUGCAGACUAUAGCAUUGGAGAUGCUCUUAGCGUAUCUCCAAUGUCGCAAUGUACAUGGUGCACAGUAGUAUGAGAGAGACGAUCAAUAAAAGAAACUUUGGGAUUGCUAUGAAACAUAAAUAUUAAUGAACAAUAUCGCUCUUCUUAUUUGAAAGGUUUUAUAUGUUUUUGGUGAGUUUUUCUUCACAAUGUCCAGACUAGUGUGUAG